GGAACUUCAGUAGUGUGAAGGACGUUCGUCUGUGUGGACUGUCUGUAAUAUAGGCUAAAAGGAUAAUGGGGGAGAAACGGUUGCCAAAGUGGUACUUCGGAGGGAUGGCAUCUGCUGGAGCAGCCUGUUUCACUCACCCAUUAGAUUUAAUUAAGGUGCAAUUACAAACACAGCAGGAAAACAAAGUGAGUGUUUUCCGUUUAGUUGGUAAUAUCGUCAAAAAUGAUGGUUUAUUCUCUCUCUACAAUGGAAUUUCUGCAUCUUUACUUCGACAAUUAACUUAUUCCACUGCAAGAUUUGGAAUCUAUGAGAUUGCCAAAGAGCAUCUUUCAUCUCAUGGGGAAAAGGUCUCUUUUGGAAAUAGAGUGCUGAUUGCUGGUAUGGCAGGAGCAGCUGGUGGGGUAGUUGGUACUCCUGCUGAUCUAGUCAACGUGAGAAUGCAGAAUGAUAUGAAAUUACCACGUGAACAAAGGAGAAAUUACAAGAAUGCAAUUGAUGGAUUGUGGAGAGUUGCUAGAGAAGAGGGCCCAAUAAAAAUGUUUAAUGGCGCUUCGGCAGCGACAACACGAGCUGUCUUCAUGACAAUUGGCCAACUCUCAUUCUAUGACUUAUUCAAAGAUUUCUUAUUAAGCACUAGUUACUUUACUGAUAAUUCAACGACUCAUUUUCUUUCUUCGUUAGGAGCUGGUGGUGUAGCGACUACUUUGACUCAACCGUUAGAUGUUCUUAAAACAAGAGCUAUGAACGCGAAACCUGGAGAAUUCAAAGGACUUAUGGAUAUUGCAAUAUACACAGCUAAACUUGGGCCAUUGGGUUUCUUCAAGGGGUAUGUUCCAGCAUUUAUAAGAUUGGCUCCACAUACCAUUCUAACUUUUAUGAUUCUAGAACAAUUAACCGAAAGUUUUGGUGUGUUGCAUUCUCCGAACCACUAAUGAAAAUCUGUCGUUUUGCUAUAAGAACAUAUCAUUGCCUAAUGCUAACAUUAUCAUACUUUGCCAGUGUUGUGGUCAGUUGAUGUAUAUAAAGGCAACUUGCUACACAUAAUCUUUUAUCAUGUAUAAACUAUUCUUUCCAUUUCGUAUCAUGGAAAUCGUUUCAGACAAAAUAAAGUGCAUGAUUUUUAGACAAAUGGCAAAGUAGUAUCUGUAAAUGGGUGUGCAUAAAUAAACACACACAUAUAUAUAUUACGUGGAAAUUUGCUAAGUUUAUAAAUUAUUCAUAAUCAAGUAGGUUUUUUAUGUUACUGGUUAUAAAAUCCUACUUAGCGUUCGUACUUAAAUAAUUACAAGUGAAU